AUGUCCAAAAUAAUCACCAUCAUCGGCGCCACCGGCACCCAAGGCGGCUCCGUCGUCUCCGCCCUACUCCACACCAACUACACCAUCCGCGCCAUCACCCGCAACCCCUCCAGCCGCGCCGCGCAAUCCCUCGCCGCGAAGGGGGUGCAGCUCCUCCGCGCCGACCUGCACGACCCCGCCGCUCUGACCGCCGCCUUCGCCGGCACGCACGCCAUCUUCGCCGUCACCAACUUCUUCGCCGGCCUGUCCACCCACCACGACGACGACGACGACGCCGUGGCCGCCGCCAUGGCCCUGGAGACGCAGCUGGGCAUCAACAUCGCCACCGCGGCGGCCGCCACCCCCUCCCUCGAGCACCUGGUGUGGUCGACGCUGCCGGACUCGGCGACCAACUCCGCGGGGGCGGCGGUCGUCCCGUACUACCAGAGCAAGCAGCAGGUGGACGCGUUCAUCCACACCCUCCCGGCCUUACUCGCCAAAACGACCUUCCUCUGGGUGGGGUGGUAUAGCGCCAACAUGCUCCUCCCCUGCUUCCACCCCAUGGCGGUGUGCGGCACGGCCGGGUACCUCACCCUGACGAAUAUCGAUCCCGCCACCCGGAUCCCGCUUGUCGGCGAUGAGCGGGUCAAUGUCGGGUUGGUGGUGCGGGCGGUGCUGCAGCAGCCGGCCAAGACCCUGCCGGGCCGCGUCGUCAGCGCGGUCACGGAGUACCGGGCGUUGGGGGAGGUGGUGGCGGCGUUUGGGAGGGUCAAGGGGGUUGCGGUUCGGUGUGUGCGGAUCGCCCGGGAGGAGUAUCGGAGGUUGUGGCCUGGCCUGGCGGAGUUGAUGGAUGUCUCGCAUUAUUACUUCCAGCUCACGGAUGGGCGGUCGUUUGUCCAGGUCGGGGAGGAGGUCGUUGGGGUGGAGGAGCUGGGGGUGGAGGGGUUGGUGGGGGUGGAGGAGGCGUUUCUGCGGGUAGAGUUUAUGGGUUAG